UUGGAUUCUGAUAUCUUUUUUUUUCUUUUCUUUUCCUUUUUUUUUGUAGGUAUGGACGCUGAUACGUGCGUCUCAUACUGCGAUAUGACAUCGAUGGAUUCGUAUUAUACCACUUCUACCGCGCAGGGCAGGGAUCACCAGGCGAACCCGUUCAGGACUUUCCAGAACAGCGAGACCAAAUACAGCCCCACGUUCAUUCCCGGCAAGGGACAGGCUUAUGGCGAGAAGUCUCGGAGCCCCUUCCAGCAGGACUGCCAGACCCAGUCGCUGGACGGUGCCGAGGAGGGCACCUUCAACAAAUACCACCUCUUCAUGCAGCGGCCGACGUGCAAAACUCCACCCGAGGGAAGCAAACUCCACCCGGAGAGCGGACACAACGGGACGCUCAUUCCCUGCUACGCAAAAGAAAACAGUGGCCUCCCGGAGUCGGAGUUGCCCCCCAGCGGUGACCCUCCUGGGAUGGAGGGUAGUUAUUUAAACCUGAAGGAGCGCGGGCUAAAGGGGCCAGCCGAACAGCAGAGCCCGGACCUCUCCAGCCCCCUGGACAAAAACGAGGCGGAGAGCAACAAAGGCAAGAAGCGACGCAACCGCACCACCUUCACCAGCUACCAGCUGGAGGAGCUGGAGAAGGUCUUCCAGAAGACACACUACCCAGAUGUGUACGCCCGCGAACAGCUGGCUCUGAGGACGGACCUGACAGAGGCCCGUGUGCAGGUAUGGUUCCAAAACCGGAGAGCCAAGUGGAGGAAGAGAGAGCGGUUUGGACAGAUGCAACAGGUCCGGACACAUUUCUCUUCUGCCUAUGAGCUGCCCCUCCUUACUCGACCAGAGAACUAUGCGCAGAUCCAGAACCCUUCGUGGAUGGGAAGCAGUAGCGGGGCGUCCCCAGUGCCAGGCUGUGUGGUGCCCUGUGAUUCCGUCACCUCCUGCAUGCCCCCUCACCCGCACGGGCCUGGAGGAGUCACUGAUUUCUUGGGCAUUCCCAGCCCGGGGAGCAGUCACAUGGGACAGACACACAUGGGGACCCUUUUUGGGGGUCCUGGGAUGGGUGGGGCCAUCAAUGGCUAUGAUCUCAAUGUCGAUCCGGACCGCAAGUCCUCCAGCAUUGCAGCGCUGCGUAUGAAGGCCAAGGAACACAGUGCAGCUAUUUCCUGGGCUACAUGAUGCUCAAACCUGCUGCCUGCCUCCAUAUAGCCCCUUCUCUGGAGCCGGUGUUGCCAAGCGCUGUGGGGGAGGAGGGAAUUUAAGUGACAGCACUAAUGAUAACACGUCAAAUGAAAACUAGGAGAGACUGUGGAGAUAACAAUGGCCACGACAGCAAGAUAACAGUCAUGACUGUGACAAUCAGCGGAUGCUGAGAGUGAGAGAAAUAGAGAGAGAUGUAGCCUAGGUGAAGAUGUCUUGUUCAUUCUUGAGCCCUUGAUCUCUCAGGUACCAUGUGGAAAUCUCCCAUGGGAAGGUAAGGGUUACUCCCUGGUGGUCUGGGUACUCAGCCAUGCUAGACACAGUGAUAACCCACAGUAAAACAAGUGAUGCUGUAAACAGGGUUUUUACAAUAUCACAUCAUAGAAUACCGGAGGUAUGCCAGGACCUAUAUGCAAAAUCCAAUCAUAUUAUGUCUUGGUUUACAGAAUUAAGCUUGAUUUACCACAUUUAGGUCCCCUUCAUUUAUUUCUAAACCUUUUCCAGUAAACCCCGUAGACCCCAUCCACCUUUUUUUUUCUUUCAAACUUGUCUGUCUACAUGAAUAUGUAAAAUGCAUAUAUUCCUUAACACAUAAUAUUUGUCUGAUGAUCAUGGUAAACAUUUUUGGCAUAAAAGUAAACAUUAAGGGCAUGGCAAGCUAGCGUGCAUUCAUUGUGCUAGGAAAGACGUGUGGUUCUCUGUCCCUUUCCACUGCACACUGUCCAAUAAAGCAGAUAUUCCAUAAAUCAAUCCCUUUGAAAGUAAACAUCAGUUUUUUCCUAGUCUGCACUGGGCGGUUAUUUCCAAGUAUGCAAGGAAAGAUGGUGGUUGAAUGCAAUGAGGGAACAGACAGACUAAUUGAGAAGGCAGACACGUAAAAACGCUUGUUUAGUCAGGGAGGAGGGCAGGCUCUGGAUUGGCAAUAAUUUCAAAUGAAAGUGUCAUUUCCUCCCUCAGGACUGCCUCCGCAGGUUUCCCUCCUAGACCAGGUUUCAGGUUGCAUGAAACUCUGUCUUCACCGGCAGACCAGGCACAGCAACACAUGGCAGCAGCCAUCAACACCAACCAACCAGGCCGGCCUCAAACAGCAACAAAAAGGGAAUAGACACUCUCAAUUAGCAUCAAACCACGCUGCCCUGUGUGCGACUGCAAACACUAAAACAAAUUACAGCAAACUUAGUCAGGACACACCGCUCCCCAAUUCCACAUGUUGUACCAGUCAAUCACAGCGGACUCAGAAAAGCUGACUAUUAAAUCCAUCACAUGCCAGAGACUGCAGGCCAAAUCAGUGGCUCUAAUUGGCCUGAAGAGCAUUUUAUAGUGUUUAGGUAAUGUGAUGACAUCAGAGCUGGACUGUAGGAAUGUGGUGAGUGUGUCCAGUGAUUGCAGGGCUAGUCUGUGUGUGUGUUACCCCCUCUGGAAUAAGCAUGUCACCAGAGCUGGGCUGCAGGCUAGAGAAGGACUUCAUUAGUCCUUUGGUUUAUCCCUCUAGCAUGAUGCAUGAUAGACAACAUAUGCAUUUGGGUGAAGCCAGGACACUCCUCUUCAUAGUUGGCUAAGAGCUUGGUAAGAGUGGAGGCCCAUUGCAGCUCUGUGUCUCAAAAAGCUGUUUUCCAAAACACCAAAGCCGAAUCAGUCGUUGAAUCAGGAAAAACUCAACCAUUUUAUUGCAAUACAAGGAUGCAAACAUUUAAAAAUUCUGAAUAGAAAAAAAAGUCAACAAAAGAUACUCUUAUUGAGAACAGGUAUCUAAGAUGUGUGAUUAAAAAAGAGUACUGGUCUGAACCGCAGGUGUGUCUAUAAUUCAAAAUAUGUCUUUCCCUGGCUUUUGCAGUUACAAAAGGUGACAGUCUGAUGAUUACUUCCAUGUGCAUAUUCAUUCUGAUCAUCUGUCACUAACAAAUUCUACAUUGACGCCAUAUUGGCAAUCGAUUGACAGAUAAUUAGCAUGAAAUGAAAGACCUGAAAAUAAUAUUGAGCCAUGAUCCCACUCAGUGAAUAAGAAUCAGACAGGAUUAACAAACACUGCAUGCUGGCAAUAAAAGCAUACUACUAAAAAAUAAAUAAAUAAAACAAAAUGUAAAAUAUGGAGGUGCUGUCAUUUUAGAGAAAUGUAAAGAUAUCAGAGGACACAGUGAAAACAAUAUCAUGUGUGACUGAGUGUACUUGCCCCUCAUCUUGCAGCGUGCACCCGUUGGCGGUCCUCCGCCAGCGCGCCACGUAGCUUCCUCCACGUUGAUACUACUGAAGCAAUGUAAUGGAGAUCCAUGGUUAUUAGUAUUGGUAUUGUAACGAGUGAAUGUGAACAAUACUGUUCCCGAUGAGUGAUACUGUUCUUUUGCUUGUAUGUUUGUUUUGCUUGUGGUUUGUCAACAAUUGCCCUUCAAAGCUGAAUCAAAACAGUAUUACAAUAAUAUUGAAAUGAGAUAAAAAAAGUGUUUUUUUUCUGUGUUAUUCUAAUGAGUUGCUCUGAGGUUGAGUUUUAUUUCUAAUUUUCUUGUGGCUUUAAGCAGCUUUUUGUAUAAUAAUCAUGCAUUUUUACUCUUGAUUGUGUGUGUGUGUGUGUGUGUGUGUGUGUGUGUGUGUGUGUGUGUGUGUGUGUGUGUGUGUGUGUGUAUUGUGUUUGUAUGUGUGUGUGUGUGUGUGUGUAUAUAUAUAUAUAUAUAUAUACACACACACACAUAUAUAAAAGGUUGUGUCAUUGCAAUAACUUAUUGCACUUACACUGUUGGACUGGGAUAUGAGUGGUUUCUAUAGUCUUGGGACUGUAGUCUUUCUGUUUAAGCCAGAGUCAUGUGGUUAUAACUGUCCCAACAAUUGAAAAGCUAACUCUGAACCUUGUCCAUAUUCAGCACCAUGACCAGCAUUACAGAGAUGUGCUUAAGUUGCUCGAAUAUUUGUUUGUACAGAAGUGACUUGCUGUCAGUGUUGGUAAUGUUUAUGAUGUAGGCCUAAUUAUGCAAUAAAUGGAU